AUGAGUGCAUUACCGUCGUUUCGGGCUGGCCAGCCUCUGAUUAGCCUGUCAAAGACCUGGUGUCGCCAAGCGCAUCGCGCCGCGCGGUACAAGAAGGAGAUCAAGAAGGUGAAAUGGAUUCCUUCACCUCCUGAGGAGGGCCACGGCGAGAAGAUCUGGAUAUGGAGCCACCGGAGGACAGACCAGACAGUCUACACGCUCCGACCACGUUUAGAAGACGAGCACGAGCUCAAGCAAAUCCCAUACAACGGCAAGAAACUCAAGCCCGCGACCCUGCGCAAAGACUACUGGUCUCCCAUGGCCAUCCUCAAAUUCGGCCAAGGCGGAGGGGACAUUGGCCGCUCCGUUUUCCAGAAGCUCCGCGAACUCAAGCACCUCCACGAAGUCAGCUGGCCGCUCGAACUACGCAUCAAGCCCGUCCAAGAAUACUCGAGAAAGGACCACCAGCAUAUGGCUGAGGAGAAGGCGGCGGGCCGGGACAAGGUCCUGUACCGGAAUAAGCACCAGCGCGGCAUGGCGCUCAACGCGCAGAGGAAAAACUCGAUAGCCGACAUGGCGGCCGUGCUUGCGGGGAUGGGCAAGGGGAAUGCCAUGAACAUCAAGGUCAAGGCCGAGGGCGAGGACGCCGGUCUGGAGGAAAAGCUGGCCCAGGUCACGAUCGAGUGGAAGAACGACCAGGACCAGCAGUACGCCGAGGAGUGGACGGACAAUGUCACGCACGCCUUGAUGGAGAAGCCUGCCUAUGUGCUGGGCACCGAGCCGCCCGCGCCGCAGGUUCAGCGGUCGACUCCAGAGGCCAAUGAAGCGUGA